GAAACGGUUUGGCACAAUAAUUGUGAAAUUGUCCUCUAGAACGUGAAUAGAGAGCCUUCUGUCAAUAGUUAGGGACUGAAAUUGUUGUAUAUAGUGUACUCUCAUCAACUAUUUCUGAAAAUUUUUCAGCACCCACAAUGCCAAUAGCCCCUCCUUCAAAUUUGUUCUGGAUCCACCCCUUGGCCAAACAGACUGGAAAUAUAGCAGAAAUUAUACAAAAUAUUGCAUCAGAAAUCAAACUGAGAUCUUGUACUUAAAAUACAAUGAUUUGAUAUCAACCCCCCAUUCAGUGCUUCAGUAAUGGGAACAACUGACAAAUACACACAGGUGGUUUAAGCUAAUCAUACUAUUGUGACCUUGUUAUUUAAAUGCAUUCGUUUGAUACAUGCAAUAAUAGUUACGGAGCUGUUAACAUCGCACCUGAUGACGAUGCAUCUGCCAUUCUUAUUCAGAGCCCUGCUUAUGCUGUUGUGUAAUUUGCCAAAUUCCCAUCAAACCAUUCUGAGAUUGCCAUGUGGACAUGUUUUUGCUGAUUUUAAAAUAUACGAAGUUGGAAAAGCACUGUCAGGAAGUGUCAUCCAAAUCACGACUGGAACAAAUGAAUUAGAUUGCAUUCAGUCAUGUACAGGGCACAAAAAUUGUCUCUCAUACAACAUCAACCCAGGGGAGAAGAAAUGCGAGCUCAAUAGCAAGACAAGCUACCACGAAGGUGCUGCGCUGGUAUCCAGACCAGGCUGGAUUUACAAAUCGACAAAUUAUAACGAGACCUUGAUUGGCUCAACAUGCCAGGAACUGCAGCCGUGUCCUACUGAUAUGCUCUGCAAAGAUACAUGCAAUUAUCAAUUCUAUGAGUGCAUUCAAUGCAAUCGAACAAUGCCUGAAAUGCUGUGUGCCCUGCAAAACGUUUCAACCCGAUGUGAAAGCAACGCAUGCCAAAACAACGGAAAUUGCUCUGAAUCAGGUAGUCAGCACACAGGUACCAGUUGUGAUAAAGACAUUAUCACAUGUGAAAAAACUUCCUGUUUGAACGGAGGGACGUGUGAAAAUUUUGGAGGUAUCUUUUCAUGUCAGUGCAAGCCAGGAUACAUUGGAGCGCGAUGUGAACAUGAUAUUGACGACUGUGUAAGUAACCCAUGCAAGAACGGGGGAACGUGUGUGGAUGGCGCGAAUCAAUGGACUUGCAAUUGUCCCCCUGGUUUCGGUGAAAGUGUAUGUUAUCCAAAAUGUGGCCUAUCUUUAAAUGGAUCGUCGGGCAGUAUUGCAAGCAGAAAUUAUCCAUCUAAGUACCCACAUGAUCAUACUUGCUUGUGGACAAUCAAACUUGGUAUUGUCUCUAAAGUCAGGAUCGAAUUCCUCGAUUUCGUCCUUGAGGAUGAUAGCUCUUACCAAUAUGAUUCAGUGAAAAUAUUUGAUGGUCCAAGCACAGCCUCUCCUCUGAUCGCCAAACUUAGUGGAUUAACAUUGUCAGUAAAAACUUACAUUUCAAGUGGAAAUUCUAUCACUAUUCGAUUCAAGACUGAUAAUGACCGUGCUAAAAAAGGAUUUGAAUUGACAUGGAGUGAAAUUCCAAUGUUGAUGACUUUACCAGGGGCAUCGAAGGCAUUGAAGGAACUAGAACGUUGCGCUGAAGCUGCACAUCCAGCUGCAAUUGCAAGGGUUUGGACCUUCUGUUCCGUACACACGUAUCAAAAUUGGACCAUUCUCCUUCUAAUGGUCAGCCUAAAGGUUUCCGUUCAAACAAUUCUGAGAUUGCCAUGUGGACAUGUCCUUGCUGAUUUUAAAAUAUACGAAGUUGGAAAAGCACUGUCAGGAAGUGUCAUCCAAAUCACGACUGGAACAAGUGAAUUAGAUUGCAUUCAGUCAUGUGCAGGGCACAAAAAUUGUCUCUCAUACAACAUCAACCCAGGGGAGAAGAAAUGCGAGCUCAAUAGCAAGACAAGGUACCACGGAGGUGCUGCGUUGGUAUCCAAACCAGGCUGGAUUUACAAAUCGACAGAUUACAACGAGACCUUGAUUGGCUCAACAUGCCAGGAGCUGCGACCAUGUCCUGGUGAAAUGCUCUGCAAAGAUACAUGCAAUUAUCCAUUCUAUGAGUGCAUUCAAUGCAAUCGAACAAUGCCUGAAAUGUUAUGUGCUUUUCAAAAUGCAUCAGGACAGUGUGCCAGCAACCCUUGCCAAAACAAUGGAGCAUGCUUGGAAUCAGAUGGCAUGUACUUCUGUACUUGUAUCUCUGGCUAUACAGGUAUCAACUGUGAAGCAGGUAUAGGUACGUGCUACAGUUUGCCCUGUUUUAAUGGUGCACAAUGUGAAGAGCAAGGCACAAAUUUCACAUGCACGUGUUCAAACGGUUUUACAGGGAAAAACUGCGAGACAGAUAUAAAUGAAUGCUUGAGUGACCCUUGUCAGAACGGUGCUACGUGUAUCAAUACUAUAGCUAGCUACAGCUGCAGCUGUCUUCCUGGUUUUAAUGGUAGUCACUGUGAAACAAAUAUAAACGAGUGUGCUAGCAAUCCUUGCCAGAACUCUGGCACUUGUGAAGAUAGAGUCAAUCAAUAUUCCUGCCAGUGUGUGCCAGGAUUUACAAGCACGCAUUGCGAAACAGAUGUCAACGAAUGCUCAAGCAAUCCUUGCAGAUCUGGCUCAACAUGUCUUGAUAAUGUCAAUCAUUACAGUUGUCAAUGUGAGCCAGGCUACAGCGGCAUAAAUUGCUUUCAAGAAAUCGAUGAAUGUGCUAGCAAUCCUUGCCAGAACGGAGGAACUUGUCAAAACUUGGUAAACCAGUUUGUAUGCCAAUGCAACGUUGGAUAUACUGGUUCUCGCUGUGAACAAAAUAUUGACGAAUGUGCAAGUAACCCAUGCAAAAACGGGGCUACAUGUAUUGACGGUGUGAAUCAAUGGACCUGUAAUUGUCCCCCUGGUUUCAGUGGAACUGUUUGCUACCCAGAUUGUGCUCAAACAUUGACUGGAUCAUCAGGAACUAUUGCUAGCCAAAAUUAUCCGUCUGUCUACCCAAAUAGCCAUGAAUGCAUUUGGACAAUAAACGUUGGAGCUGGCUCAACAGUCAGACUGGAAUUUCUUACUUUCAGACUUGAAGGUAUAUCAUCUUGUUGGGAUUACGUCACAAUAACACAGGGCUCUGCAAACUCUCUAAUUGCCAAAUUGUGUAGGAGCAAUUUAAGUCAGAAAGUAUUCAUUUCGACCGAAGGUAUUGUCAAAAUAACUUUCAAGACGGACUCUUCGUUAAAUUACUCCGGCUUCGAACUGAUUUGGACGAAAAUGUAAACGGCUUAGAAUAUAUUUACCUGAGUUUGGUAGUUUCAGUACAAGAAAGAAAAGAGAGUUUUCUAUCAAUCAUCAGAAUAAAUCAUUCCGAGGGGCGCACAUUGAGCUUUAUGGGAAUGCACAUUGACCAAAGAUAUGUUGAUUUGUAUCCUAGAAUGUCGCGUAAAGGAAUGUCCUGGAAGCAUCAUUGAAAUUUUCAGAGUCCUUUGAUACUAAUGAAAAGUUUUAGCCUUAGUGAAAAAAAAUGUACCCUCACUUUUGACAAAACUAAUAAAAUGUGGCUUUAUCUUUGUGGAAAUGUUCUCCGUUUUAUGAGAAUCGUAGCUCAAGCCCACUAGAAUCUGUUCUGAAAAUUUAAAGCCCAAGAUUGUAACCCAAGAAUUUUUAACUUUAUGUAUUAAUGCUAGGUGAUUUGUUUGAUAAAAGAAGUAUGCCAUCUAAUGAAUGUUCCCACACUUUAUCAAAUAGAUAGCCCUCAUUAAACUAUAGUGACUCUACUUAGGCCUGUUAACGCUAAUUUUUCCUUCCAAUCCAUUCCAUCACAUUCUCACAUUACAGCACAGGCAUCACUCUCUUUUCAUGCGUUUGUUAAUCCGUAUUGUUUACUUAAUCUUUGCCAAUUUACGCUUCUUCUCUACUCGCCCCUCCUAUCUUUAUCUCACAUCGUUCGUGUUAAUUUUAGAUAUUCAUUUCUGUAUAUAAGUAUGUUAAUUUGUGAGUAAUUUUAGUUCAGUUCAGAUCAGAGCUAUACAGGCAAUCUUCUGUCUCUCUUCUCCAGCUCCGUGUUCUCUGCGCGUAAAAUAAAACACAACGCUAGGUUUGGAAAUGGCACGUAAUCGAUGAAUGGACUUAUUAGUUAACGAACGGCAUCAAAUAAUAACACAACAAUGCGCAAUUCUCUUUACACUAAAAAACUUUAUACAAUUUUAGGGACCAUCCUCCUGUGUAUGAGCAAUCCUCCCUCUUCAGUUUUAUAGCUAAAACUCAAAGAGAAAAAGAUUGCUCUUCUUGAUAAUACUUCUCUUACAUCUAAAAAUGUCUAAAAUUUCAAAUUUUAAUACAACUAUAAUUUUGACGCUGGAAAAAGCAUAAAGAAAGGUAACGUAAUAUUUUUCAAACACAACGUAAACCCGUUUGUUAGCUACAAUUUAGAUGCUAGACAGAAUAAUUUUACAACAAUAAAGAAAUUGAAUCUUUCAUCGAAGUUUACUGGUCAUAGAACGAGUGAUUGACAUAAGAUCUUCGACGCAAGAAACUUGUUUCCUGAUUUUUUAUUACUUCCCAUUUUUUCUUACUAAUUGAGUGGAAUAUUGAAAACGUGAGAAGUACCCAAAGGGGGAUUGAGCAUUUCUUAAAGCCAACAAAAUCUUUUGGGCAUUUUUAAUAUCAUGUUAUCAUUCAAUCUAACCAUAUCUCUAAACUCUACCUUAAGAUUGAAGUAUGUAUUUUCCUUUAUCAAUCAGCCUGCUUUCCUGGCAGGGCAAUCGUUAUCAAAUAAUUAGAAAUAAAAUGAAUUGGAAAUAUCAAUAGCUUGCAUUUUUCAGCAAACUGCAUGUAGCAUAAUCAUUAUAGAUCUAUGGCAUAACAGAACAUAACAUAUACAUGAUAAAUGUUCCAUAUUAGAUUGCAGUUCGAGCAAUUUUCAUAGGAAACUAGGCUCAGGAUUAGAAUCAGUUUCUUAGUAUCUAGCUGAUCUAGUACUCAAAGUUUUUUUAAAUAAUUUAUUUAAUACCAAGUAGAAAAAACUACUUCUAGAAACUUGUAACGCAAGGUGUUCUUCUUUUUAUUAUUGAAACAGAAAUUGGAACCUUAAAAAGUUAUAUCUAUCCAACUUAGUAAAAAAGCAGCAGUUUCUGUUUGAAGGUGAUCAGUUCUAUGAUUACUUAAGGCUCAAUUUGUUAUAGAUAGGCUCUUCUAAAAUAAAGUCUGUAUCAUCAUAGUGAAAUUUUUUAUAGAUCUAGUUUCAUGUCCAACUUUUUCUAUUCAAUUAUUUAUUAUUUAUUAGAGUUUCAUGUUAAACUAAUUUACACUUUUUAUUCGUUAGCGUGUAGCCUUCGUGUUUAUAUUAUUAGAUGACACUGUAAAAUUAAUUCAAUAUAAAUAUGAUCAUUAACGAUGAGAUAAUUAAUAUUAUAAAACAUAAUAAAAAUAUAUGGUAUUAAGACAACUGGAAAGUUCCUUGGAAUGUAAUUAGUCUCUUCUCAGUAACACGAGUUUUAGUUAGAGUUACAAGUGUAUACUUGGUUCUAAAUUAUCAAACUUUCUUUGGAAUAACCAAUACUAUUUAUUAAAAAACCUUGAUAUAUUUAUUACCAAUACUAUUUAUUAAAAAACCUAAAUAUUGUAUGUGAAGCUGAUUUUGAAAAAUUGAAACUUUAUUAGAAACUGGACCGAGACUAUUUACCAUAGCUUUUAUUUCAAUAUCUAUUACUACUUUCAAAUAUCAAAUACCUCUGAAGUUAGAGACUAUAGACAAUUUUUUAUUUUAUUCUAAAUAUAAUGAAAAACAGAAGCAUAAUGCAUGUUACUUUAGGACAACUUAUGUCCCAAAUGCUUUAGAUAAAACGUCGAAAAUGGAUUAAAAUGUGAGUGAAAUUUGUACCCAGGUAGAGACUAAAAGUAACUUGAAACGGAAAAAUCACAUCAUCAAUCAAUUACUGAUUUGUCAAAAUGUAUUUUGCUGGAACAAGAUGUAUUCAUUUUACAAUAUUUAGACAAGUAACAUUUUAUACAACAUGCUUUUUAAACCAAUGUUCCAGACAAAAAUAAAAAAAAACUUUAACUUAAGAACAAAAUAUCUUAAGAUGCCUAAUUUACAAUGUGUCACAAUUUUAUAUCGAUGAAAAUUAAAGUAAACAUGGAAAUUACCCCGUCAAAAGUUGUUUUCUUUGCUGGGACAAGCAAAUUCAAAGAAUUUCUCCUUUUUUAAUAUAUUUUAAUACAGGCUAGACUGCUAAAACGCUACUUUUCAACAAUACAGGGAACAGUACCCUGGGAAGCAAAAGCUUGUGACUACCCAAGGGCCAUUGCGUAUAGUUUAAAAAAGCUUGCCACGAGAGUUUUUGCAAUCAGAUUAAUACAAUUUGAAUGGGAUAACAUCGCAAUAAUUACCUGGCAUCUGAUUGGGGACAGAUUUUGGUCAAAUAAUUUAGGACAAAAAGGUUAAAUUAAAACAGAACAAGUCAAAAAGAACCAUUAUUUUGAAUGUGAUCAAAGGGUUUCAUUUGCAUGGUCUAUGACGAAUUGGAAAUUUUUUACUCAAAUCGACCACAUUUAUGGAUGAAUUGUAGAGUGAGUAGAAGUAUAUUUCCAAUUAGUUUAUAUUGAAAGUCUUUAUCACCUAGCUUCUUUCUAUUCAAGAAAAUACGAUAUGCAAACUAUCAUCGAUGAACGAGAUGCAAAAGUGUGACGUAGGGGUUUUAUUUGCAAAUCGAUUUAUUUGUGCUGUUUUUUAUCUCAAACCCCCAGAUAUCUCUAUACAGAUAUGAAGCGAAAAGUUUUCUGUUCUAGAGGAAAUGUUAUAGGAAAUUCGUUUCUUUUCACCAAGCUGUGUGUAAAAUCUUCUUUCGAUUGCUCAAAGAUGUGACGUGCUCCAUAGGCCUGGCUACGGGUUGAGAAAAGGAAGUUUUCAGUCUUUGCAAGUUUAUCGUACUGCUCUUAAAAAUUCUUUCAACUUUUGGCUGGAGACAUCCAUUAAAAUGACAGUUAAACUUGUUUAGAGAUGUUGAUCAAGCAAGUGCACAAGAUACAUAGAAUCAAAAUAGGAGCAAUGAAAUGGUUGCAAAAUUUGUUUGUGGUACCAUUGAAAAGUCUCCUCUUUAUUCGGAAAUUUUAGAAUGGAUGAAAACAAGAAUAGGGGUUAUAUUUCAAUAUUCUCCGUCUUCAUAACACCUUCAUCAAUUGAUGAACCGAACUGCUGUUUCUUAGAUUUCAAUCCAAGUCAACUCAAACCCUUUCUCGGCUGUGUGAUCAGUUGACCUUAAAUCAGUUAAAGGCAGUCUGUCCCCUAUUGUGCUCAACUUUAUUUUCACGGGAGUGAAAUUCACGCACCAUUGAGCUUGAUCGAUAAUUAAACAAUUUAAGCCAAUCAGUGACAGCAUGGAUUCCAGAGCUUUUGAAUCAAAUGGCUGUGCUCCCGUUGAAGUGAAGCUGUGGCUAGAAAAAAUUUAUUCCCUGUUUGGUUUGUGCGACAGAUAUGUCAACAGGGAAAAGAAAUGCUUCCAUUAUCAUCAUUCAAUUCCAGCCACUAUACCUUCUUGCAAUUUCCGAUAGCCUUUUGCUUGCAGUUUCAAAUGUCGUCCACUAUCGCAUCUAGGCCAGCCAAAGCGAGCAGCGUAAUCCGUUAAGGCGGGAAGACCAAUUGUUCAAAUUAGCCAAUCAUUGAAGGGACUGACUGCCUUUAAAGAAAGUCCUUUAAAACUCAAUGUUUUCACUGACAAGGUUGAAUCACAAAGUUUGGCGAUAAAAGGAGACCCUGUGCUUCGUCCAUCAAAUAUUGUCAUCGAAUCGUAUCUGCAAAUGAUGCUAUCAUCAAGAAUGAGAUAGAGAACUUCCACUCGGACUUUUGAGCCAUUACUAACAUCGAUUGUCUACAAUCAGUUAUUAUUAUGUGGGAACUCAGACAGAAAGUUUUUGCUUGCAAUACUGUCGGACGAUCUUUCAAAAUUUAGGCCACAUUUUAGAAUCGGAUCCAAAUUACGUUUGUUACGAUUUUAAAGAAUCUAAAGUUUGAGAACAGCAUACAUAACAUGCAAACCCACGGUGGUAGCAGAAAAUUUUGAGUCGAUGCCAACAAACGAAAAGAAUUGAGACAAAGUCAAGUUGAAUUGUUUGCAAAUAAAUUAAAAAUUGCUUUUCCUCUUUG